AUGAUGGAAUCAGAGCAUGGCCUUGAACUGCUGCCAACUGAUAUAUUCGUCACGCUGUCUGCCUAUCUGCAAUGCAACGAACUGCAGAAAAUAUCCAUGCUUUCGAAGGCAAUGAGGUCUGGACUCGAGGGUACGAGGAUGAGAAUCAUCACUGCAAUGUCGGUGCAGAUACAUACUGUCUUGCUAGAUGUGCACAAAGCAUCUAGUCCCGUCCCCUUGACGAGACCACCAGGCUCACGUAUAAUAAUCAAAGACAAGAAACUCGCUCAACACCUCUUCCUGAUGCAAUGGCAAAAGAUCUUGGACAAGACUCGACCUGCUCUCAACACAUUCAAAACCAAGCUCACUGAAGCCAGCUCAGGCGAACUCAACCCUGCACUAGUGGAACGUCUGGCUGUAACGUCCAUGCUCUGGCUGCUCUCCAUUGGAUCCAAUCAUGGUUCCUUCAACCUCACAAGGAUAAUAUAUAGGAUGCUUUUAGGGAAUAAUAAUAAGCCAGCAACGUCUUCGGUUAAUGCUACAGCUGCUAGAGGUCUCGUUAGUGACAAACUACCACUCGCUUUGCAACCACAAACUGUAAUGGUUGCCUGCUUGAUACUCGCUGCUAAAUCACUCGCGGCGCAAAUCGAAGAUGUCGUGGUUACCAAAGUGAAUACUGCCGGAGAUGGGAUAUUAGGUAUGGCUUCGCUGCUGGUGGCGGUAUCGGGCUCCCAGAAGGUUCUGGAUGUGUUGGACGUCCAGCAUGAAAAUGAAUUACUUGACCUUCUUGAUCUGAGCUAUGCGGAUAAUCUAGAACCACCUACUGGUGUUCGUGAUACAAUCACUGGAUAUGUUUGGAGAACACAUGUCAGUCUUUGCACUUCGACUUCUGAGGUACAAGGGAUGACAUACUCCAACUUUGGCGUGAUGCUGAGAGUCGUAGAUCAGAAACUCGCCAUGCCACCAUGUGCAUUCAUUGCCCGCAACCUUGUCAUGUAA